AUGCUUUGUGUUUACGAUGUCUUCGAUAGAGAAGAGCACAAUUGGCACAUCCAUUUGAAAGGAGCAAAGGAGAUCAUAAGGCAACAGCGCACAGAUACGCCCGGCUCAAGCUCAGAUUUCCUUCUUACUUGGUGGCUGUAUCACGAUGUUUUGGCUGCUUUCAACCAUCCAUCAUGGCGACUUGACGAAAACCAUGGCUCCGUCUCAACAUCCGCUCUUUGCGCUUUCAGUGGCGGCAAGUCUCUUAUCGUGGGGUCCUUGGGCUGUUCUGUUGAAGUGCUUGAGAUUAUUGACGAGAUCAACAUGAUGCGACUUCACUCGGCGCAUGGUUGUCCGAGCACCUCGACGCUACAAAGGUGCGAUUUGGCAAUGAAGCUUCACAAUCUCCGACAGUCACUUGCGCCCAUCGAGUACUACUCUGAUGGCUUAAGAUCACAACGCAUCCUGGCCAUCGCUGAGUUAUAUCGCCUAGCGACAUUGCUCUAUCUUCAGCGCGUGCAUCCCAUCGCGGAGGACGAUUUCACGCGGACCGUUUACGUACAGCAAGCCCUGGGAGUCUUGAAAGGUUUAGGUGUCGCAACCAGUCCAUGGCCAGUGUUCACCAUUGCAUGCGAAGUUGAUGAGCAUGACCGCGUCAGUAUUCUGCAUACCCUUGACAGAAUGGACAGCGUGAGAAGCAUUGGCAACACCAAGGUUCUACGAGAUGUCAUUGAGAGUAUCUGA